AAGGAUAAAGUGAAGAUUGAAGAAGAAGAAGAAGAAAGGAAAAGGGCGAAGGGUUAUAGCUUUCUUUCUUUAUCGGAAAACAAUUUUUUUUUCAAUUCUCAACUUUCUCGAAAUCGGGAUUUUGGAAAUCACCGAACGAUUCAUCCAUGGCGGGAGUAGUUAGCAAGGCGGCCGGCGUCGUGUUUUCGCCGUCGAGUACCGAUCAUAAAUCGGCGGCUCGUCGUUAUAGUCAACACCGAGUUUGUACUUUCCCAAAUGGAUCUCUUGUUUGCUCCCGCGCGUGUUCGGAUGCUCAGUCUCUGAAACUCUCGUGCGGGGCUCCGAAUUCACCGAGCACCGAUUUUUAUGGUCGCAGAGUAGCCACCGGAACCCUGCUUUUCCCAGGAAAUGGCCGAACACAGAUGAGCAUUGGAAUUGCGAAAGCUCAAAGAUGGUGGGAGAAAGGGCUUCAACCCAACAUGAAAGAGGUUGUGAGUGCUCAAGACCUCGUAGAAUCUCUUUCAAAUGCCACUGAUAAUUUGGUGGUGGUGGAUUUCUUUUCCCCUGGUUGUGGUGGCUGCAAAGCCCUCCAUCCUAAGAUGUGCCAGUUGGCGGAGAUGAACCCAGACAUACAGUUUCUGCAGGUUAACUAUGAGGAGCACAAGUCCAUGUGUUAUAGCCUUAAUGUACAUGUUCUUCCAUUUUUCCGUUUCUAUAGAGGAGCUGAAGGUCGUGUUUGUAGCUUCAGUUGCACUAACGCAACGAUUAAGAAAUUCAAAGAUGCGCUCGUCAAAUACGGGGCAGAUAGAUGCGGUCUGGGGCCUCCAAAGGGCUUGGAGGAGAAAGAGCUACUUGCACUAGCAGAAAACAGGGAUCUCUCCUUCAACUACGCACCAAAACCAGAAGAACCCGUUUCUGUGCCCUUACGAGCAGGGAAACCGCCAUCUCAUCAUCCACACUCAGAAUUCCGACUCCCACUUCCGCGUCCAAUUCCAUCAGCCGCCUCACCGGAGAUCAAGCAACUCUCUGGUACUGAUGACCGAACUUUCGUUCCCUCUGGUAGAUGAUCUGAUCAGAAUAUGCUUCAACUGCUGCAUAUCCAUCCCAUUCGGCUUCAUAGGAGGAGAGUGGGUGUAUUUUAGGACUUUAGGGAUUGAAUUUUCUUGUUAAUAGUGCUCCCCUGUAGGAUGAAGUUUAGCAAUUAGCAGGCUGUGAUCUCCCAUCACAAGUUGUAUAAUAUGCAUUCCUAUCCUAUUCUCCGGGCUCUCUCCCUUUUUUAAUCGGAGAUUAGCCCUCAAUAAACAUAUUUAGUUUGCAUAUGCUUAUGUAUUCUUUUAGUAUUUAA